AUGAAUGCUUCACCAUCCAGCCGAUCUGACACACCCAUGAAUGAUGAUGAUGAUCAGGAUGUACUCGCUUUGCCACAAAGCCGCGCGGUCACACCCAUGAGCGGUUAUGAAGCUCCUCCCUCACCUGUUGAACUAGCUGCCCCGCCAAUUGAUCACGACGCAAAUAUAAUUAACCCCCCAGUUGAUCACAAUGUGCGCAUACCUCAUUCACCACGCCGCCGUUCACCACGUCUUUCUGUACGCCCUUUACCGCGCCGUUCACCACGCCGUUCACCACGUCUCGCUGCAAGACUUUCACCACGUCCUGGCACACCCCUAGUCAAUCACAAUCGAAACAGAAGACAUCGCCAUCAACGUGUUUGGCCCUAUUUGAUCAAGCGCAAUUUGAGGAUGAUCUCUCCCGACGAAAAUCCACGGUUUUGGCAGAAGGCGUUUACUUUAAGAGACGAUUUACUUCAGUUUAUGAUGCCUGAUUGCAAUCUCUGGGACUUUUUGACCACCCGAAAGGUCCUUCGCCAGCUUAUUGCACACUUUGAUCCUGCCUACUACCUCCGCCGCCGAAUUAAUAAGGGUGAGCUCAUCGAAAUCUAUCGGGAAAUUGUCAGCAGUCGAGUGGUGAGAAUACUUGGAAUGGAAGAUGUGUCUCAAGGGGGAGGUCAUAUUCAAAAAGCUUUUCAUAGUUCCACGAAUAAUUGA